GCUCCCACAGAAAAAGCGGAGACGGGCAGACAUCAUUUCUCUCUCGGCGUCAUUGGACUAGUAUCCGCGACGACGACGACGAAAAGCCCCCAAAACAGGAACUAAACAAUCAAAUUAACUCAAUUUACUCUCAAAGUAGACAUGGCCGACACAGAUGUUGACACCACCGCAACUGCAGAGGUUACAGCCAAGGAACUGAAAGAAAAGAAAGAAGUUGAAGUGGAGGAGGAGGAGAAGAAAACAGACAACGGGGACGCACCUGCUAAUGGCACUAAUGGUGCAAAACACAGUGACAAAGUUGAAGAUGCGACAGAAGAAGACGAGCACAAGAAUGGGGAUGAGAAAGCAGAGGAAGAGGCGCCCCCUGCUGAGGAGACGGACGCACAGCCAGUGAAGCGUGCUGCCGAUGACGAGGAGGAGAAAGCGGACACCAAAAAACAGAAGACUGAGGAAAAUGGAGAUUCAAAAGAAGCAAAAGAAGCAAAAGUAGAUGCUUAAAAUGCCGGUUUUGUAUGCAGCUCUGGGUUACUGGUCAACAUGGUGUUGUAGAGCUUGUGCUUUUUCUAAGGUUUUGGGUUUUGUUCAGUUUUUUUGUUUUCAUUAUUUUGCUCCCAUGUUCUCACAUUGCACUGGAGUGAAACAUUGUGGCCCUCUUCUUUUAAUUUUUAAUUUUUUUUACAAGAUGUUAUUUAUUGGUCUAUAAAGUGAGCUUUUUGUGUGUAUGUGUGUUCAAAACAGGGCCAUGCCAAGAGAUGAGUUAAUUUCCAUUUCCUUGCUUCUGUUUGUAAGCACAACCUCUAUCAAGUCAGCUCGGACCAGCCAAUUGCUCAAACGUUCAGGCAGCUGCUCACGUUCACUUCAAGGACCAAAGAUAAGUUUUAAGCGGGGGCUAAUAAUAAAGAACAUUAUUAAUUGUUGCGUAACCUUUUGUUGGUGUUUAAGCUGCUAGUUAAUCCUCAGCUGCCCUGUUAGCAUAACAGAUGGUGCUCAUGAAAUAAAGGGCCUCCACACCACCACCAUUUUGGUAGAGGUGAGCUUUCUGUUGUUUUGCUGACGUUAAUUAACCCCUCUUAAAUCUUAAUGCUUUGGUCUUGUUCGUUCUGUAUGCAUUCCACGCAGGUUUGUACCAUUUACACGUUUGAUUUUUUUUCUUUUGUUGUCAUUUUCUUACGGAGUUUACAUUUAUGGCUGGGUAACCUGCUUUUUUUUGUCCAAGACUGCCUCUCUUUAACAACCAGCCGCGACAUAUGGUUACUUCAGCCACUGCUUUGUAUAUUCUCAAACAAAUAAAAUGUCUUUUUAAUUAA